CCUGGUCCACCACUCAGCUUGACUGCACGUCUGUCAGUCGGUCGGUCAAUCAUGUAGGAUUUGGUUGUGGGCGCAUUGGACUUAAUGAAGCUGCAUGUCCAGCUCCAGCUCGUUACUGGGAGCUUGUUUACCAAACAAGGCGACCGUGAGAAACCACGGUUGUUACGGUAACAGAAUCCACGUGUGCAUGUGAGGGGCGGAGCCGACCAGGAACCCUCCCCAAAACCCUCCCCCUGACCCCCGCGACCUCAAGCAAACUUGGGACACCCAAGAGACUCCCUCCCUCCCUGACCUCCCUUUCACACACCACACACACACACACACACACACACACUUGCACACACACACACUUGCACACACACACACACACACACACUUGCACACACACACUUAAAGGCUUCACGCCAGAGAACACUAUUCAUAUUCUCAUAGCAGCUUAGUGGAAGGGGUGUGUGUGUGUGUGUCUGUGUGUGUGUCUGUAUGUGUGUGUUUGUGUGUGUGUGUGGCUGUCUGUCAGAGCGGUUCCCAUUACCGCAAGAGUUUCUGGAAGUAGGUGUGAAUGUGUGAGUGUGUCUGUGAGAGAGACGGAGUCGUUCCGCUAGAACCACUCCGCUCUGGACUUAAAGAGAACCUGUUUUAUGGAUGUUCUAAGCUAAGAACCUUUCACCUGAAAAUCUUCACAACAGAAGAAGGACUUAGUAGUAGUGGACGUUCCAGUUCUUGAAGGAUCUGUGUUCUUGCGGCGGGUAGGGUUCUUCGGAGAUCCGGUACUGUCCUAAAGAGGAACCAUGUCUCCAUUCCUACGCAUCGGGUUCUCCAACUUUGAGAUGGACCCGGGGUUGGCCUACCAUGAGGAAGUCUCCAAUCCCUAUUGCGCUGUUUACAUGAAGGAGGCAGUGGACUCAGAGAAAGGCACCGUGUACAAGCAGAAGCGCCCCACCAUGUAUCCGCCGUGGAGCAGCACGUUUGACGCUCAUGUCCACCCUGGCCGCGUGAUGCACGUGGUGGUGAAGGACCGCACGGCCAGCCUGAAGACCGAGGCCACCGUCCAGUUAGACACACUGGCCACGCGCUGCAAGAAGGAGAAUGGCAAGCUGGAGAUCUGGGUCGAGUUGAAACCACAGGGUCGCUUGUUGAUGGAGGCACGAUACUUUUUGGAGAAAAGUGAUACACCUGGUCACGGUGAGGGCGAUCGGGAGGGUGCAGUGGAGCAGGAGCGAGACGGCCUGUUCGCCCUGCACCAGCGGCGCGGCGCCAUCAAACAGGCCAAAGUGCACGUGGUCAAAUGUCACGAGUUCAGCGCCACCUUCUUCCCCCAGCCCACCUUCUGCUCCGUCUGCAAGGAGUUCGUCUGGGGUUUGAAUAAACAGGGAUACCAGUGCAGACAAUGCAAUGCUGCCAUCCAUAAGAAGUGUAUUGAUAAAGUCAUCGCCAAAUGCACUGGCUCUGCCAUCAAUAGCAAGGAAACUAUGAUCCAUAAGGAGCGCUUUAAGAUCGACAUGCCCCACAGGUUUAAGGUGUACAACUACAAGAGCCCCACCUUCUGUGAACACUGUGGGACACUGCUAUGGGGGCUGGCUAGACAGGGACUCAAGUGUGAGGAGUGUGGCAUGAACGUGCAUCAUAAAUGCCAGAAGAAAGUAGCCAACCUGUGUGGGGUGAACCAGAAGCUGAUGGCAGAGGCCCUUGCCAAGAUUGAGAGUACACAACAGGCGCGUAGCUCCAGGGAUCCUGAGAUCCUUGGUAGGGAGGGGCCUGUGGGCAUCGGACAGCAAGGAGUGGUCAGGGAGCCCUCAGGGUGUGUGACGACCUGUCUACCCACCCCUGCUACAGCUGGGAGGAAAGAGCAGGGUAUUUCGUGGGACUCUCCUGUUGAGGGGGCGCCGACUGGACCCCCAGUGACCAGAGCAGACGUGGAGCCGCUCUACGCCGUCCCCAAGAAAGAGAUGCACAAGUACACCCUGGACAACUUCACACUGCACAAGAUGCUGGGCAAAGGCAGCUUCGGCAAGGUGUUUCUGGCAGAGCUGAAGGGCGCAGGUCAGUUCUUUGCGGUGAAGGCCCUGAAGAAGGACGUGGUGCUGAUGGACGAUGACGUGGAGUGCACCAUGGUGGAGCGGCGGGUGCUCUCGCUGGCCUGGGAGCACCCCUUCCUCACACACCUCUACUGCACCUUCCAGACCAAGGAAAAUCUCUUCUUCGUGAUGGAGUAUUUGAAUGGAGGAGAUCUGAUGUUUCACAUACAAGCCUGUCACAGAUUUGACAUACCUAGAUCAACGUUCUAUGCAGCAGAAAUUGUAUGUGCGCUUCAGUUCCUUCAUUCCAAAGGCAUUGUAUACAGAGACCUGAAGCUGGAUAAUAUCCUGCUGGAUAAGGACGGCCACAUUAAGAUCGCCGACUUUGGGAUGUGCAAAGAGCAGAUGCAGGGGGAGGCCAGGACGUCCACCUUCUGUGGAACUCCAGACUACAUUGCACCGGAGAUUUUACUCGGGCAGAAGUACAGCCACUCCGUGGACUGGUGGUCCUUUGGGGUCCUGCUGUUUGAGAUGCUGCUGGGCCAGUCUCCGUUCCACGGGCACGAUGAGGAGGAGCUCUUCCAGUCCAUCCGCACCGAUGACCCCAUCUACCCUCACUGGCUGCCCCAAGAUGCCAAGGACAUCCUCGUUAAGCUGUUUGUGCGGGAGCCGGAGCGACGGCUCGGGGUGUGUGGGUGCAUCCGCGCGCACGCCUUCUUCAGAGACACCGACUGGGACGCCCUGGAGAAGAGACAGGUGGAGCCGCCCUUCAGGCCAACAGUGAAAAGUGCCAGUGACUGCAGUAACUUUGACAAAGAGUUUAUCAACGAGAAGCCGCGUCUGUCCUGCGCCGACCGCACCCUCAUCAACAGCGUGGACCAGACCAUGUUCGACAACUUCUCAUUCGUCAACCCAGCCAUGGGGCGCAUCAAGAAUGCUUAACGUGCUCACUCUCUCUCUCUCUCUCUCUCUCACACACACACACACACACACACACACACACACACACACACACACACACACACACACACAGGCACAGACUAUACACAUGUACUCUACCUGUAAUAUUGUACAAACAGAUUCACACAAAUUCACAUGCAUAGCACCAGGGGUAAAACUAGGCUGGUUCGGUCUGGUACUGCAGACCAUUAGAAGAUCCAGUGGUCCAUUUUGCCUGUUUGGGUGUGUUGAACAUGUGUCAAAGUUGGCAUCUAGGUAAGCAAUAUGAAGCAAUUAAGGUUGUGGUGGAAGUGGAGGUGAGACAGAAGGGAGGUGAAAAAAUAUGGUGGAAGUGUGUGUGUGUGUGUGUGUGUGAGAGAGAGAGAGUUUAAAACUACUUCCACUCCUGCUUAUAAUCAAUCAGUGCAAUCAGUCCCAAUUCCCUGUACACAGUGAUCAGCAGAGUGGAGGGAGCACACUCAAACACCCACUUUCCAUCCACAGGGUCCUAGUGCCCACAGGAUUAUCUGUUAAAAUGGUAUUUGUUGUCUGUCUUGCACUGCUCAACAGUGGUCGAUGUGCUAAAGUGUGUGGGCGUACAGUACGUGUGUGUGUGAGUGUGGUUGUGUAUGUGUGUAGAAAAGAGGGGGGUGGGGGGCGAUAUAUGUACCUUGGUGUCAGCCGCAGAAAACCUGCUGUCUACAGUUUAUUGUGAGUUAGGUUUACAUUGAAGUCCAUUAGAAACAGAUGUAGAAAAAUGAUAAUGAAUGAUGUUUUGUGCCAUAAAUGUGAACGUGUAACCCCAGCACUCCAAAUCGAGGUUGUUUAUUAUUAUAUGUGAUUCUUUUAGUUUGUGUAUUCCAUGUUGAGAAUUGUGGGUUGAUCUGAGAUGGUGGCACUCUUUUGGAGAAUCAUGCUGGUUGUUAUCUCAUACCAUACAAGUAUUAAAUUGAUUUUUCUAGAA